AUGCCUGCUCAGAAGACCACUCUCAAGGAGUUCGAGUCCGUCUACCCUAAGCUGGAAGAGGCCAUCCUCGACCAUGCUAGAUCCUACAAGCUUCCUCAGACCGAGCUUGACUGGUUCAAGGCGAACCUCGAGGUCAACCCUCUCGGCGGAAAAUGCAACCGCGGCAUGUCUGUUCCCGACUCCGUCUCUCUCCUGCUCGACAAACCGCUCACCGAGGAACAAUACUUUGCUUCUGCCACUCUUGGCUGGAUGACUGAGCUCCUUCAAGCCUUUUUCCUCGUCUCCGACGACAUCAUGGACGGCAGCAUCACCCGCCGUGGCAAGCCCUGCUGGUACCGCCAGGAUGGUGUUGGCAUGAUUGCCAUCAACGAUGCUUUCAUGCUCGAGUCCGUCAUCUACACUCUCCUCAAGAAGUUCUUCCGCACCCACCCCGCCUAUGUUGACCUUCUUGAGCUCUUCCACGAGACUACCUUCCAGACCGAGAUGGGCCAGCUCUGCGACUUGCUGACCGCCCCGGAGGACAAGGUCAACCUUGACAACUUCUCCAUGGAGAAGUACAAGUUCAUUGUCAUCUACAAGACCGCUUACUACUCCUUCUACCUCCCCGUCGCCCUUGCCCUCUACCAGCUCAACCUUGCCACCCCCAAGAACCUCAAGCAGGCCGAGGAUAUCCUCAUUCCCCUUGGCGAAUACUUCCAGAUCCAGGAUGACUACCUCGACAACUUCGGUCUUCCCGAGCAUAUUGGCAAGAUCGGUACCGAUAUCAAGGAUAACAAGUGCUCGUGGCUCGUCAACCAGGCUCUCGAGAUUGCCACCCCCGAGCAGCGCAAGAUCCUCGAGGAGAACUACGGCCAGAAGGAUGAUGCCAAGGAGGCCGUUAUCAAGAAGCUUUACGAUGACAUGAAGCUCAAGGAGCGCUACGAAGAAUUUGAGGAGAAGCGUGCCAACGAAAUCCGAAGCAAGAUCGACCAGGUCGACGAGAGCGAGGGAUUGAAGAAGGAGAUCUUCACCAUCUUCUUGGAGAAGAUCUACAAGCGCUCUAAAUAA